AAUUGCACCGGAUUCCUUACUUGGUACUCCAGAAACCGGCGACUCCAUCACGAAGUCACCAUCAGCCGGUCCAGCCCAGUCUUGGACCGAGCGAGCCAACCCACCAUGGCGACGACGCGGCCGGCGCGGAGCGACCCACGCUUGCCGCCGGAGGAGGCGGCGCGAGUGGAGGCCCAGGUGCGCGGGUACUUCGACAGCGUUGCCCCGAGACGCCCGGCCAAGCCGCCGCGCAGCGACCCGUCGGACGGCGGCGCGGGAGGUGCGGUGGUGGAAUCCCCGGCCGGCGGAGACGAAAUUCCGGAGCUCCGCAAGCUCCCCGACCUCGAGGCGAAGCCCCAGAAGUUGGUGUUGGAUGGAGGGGAUGCGAAUGGGGAAGAGUACAUGGAGACACAGUAUUAUGAUGGGAUCAACUGCAUCGACAAGCAGCAUCACACGACUGGCACGGGCUUUAUCAAAGUCGGAAGAUUGUACACCAAUGGUAGCUCCUUCAAAGUGACGACUGUUGCUUACUCAUCCAACAUCCUUUCUUGCAGAAGCAACCCUGCCACAAAUGAUUGGAUACCAUCUUCUGAGACGGUUAUUCCAGUUUGGAACAAGCCCAGCAGGAGUGACUCCUGACCAGGCUCCUUAAGCCGAGUGAGCUUUCAGUCGAUUUGGGAUAAUAAAGUGCAGAUGAUGCAACCACUUCUCUAUACUGGGAGAAGGCAGACGGAGGUAGAUAAGAAUGUGAGCAACCGUGAAGGAUGUUGCUACUGUUGUCCAAUUGAGUUGAGACCAUGUAACCUAAAUGGACGAAUGAGUGUAAGGAGUCCACUGAUAUCCAGUGCUGUUGCUUAGUGAUCCACUAUCUUUGUGUACUCUUACAACCAGAAGGACAGGUCUGACUUCUUAUAAGAGAAGACAGACAGAGAAAAGGUUUCUCGCUGAUAAGCUGAUUCAAUUAGGCAAUAUCGGGUGCAAGAUUAUGUCA